UGAUUAUUUUCUCUUUGCGCUCUCAGACGACCCUGUAUGUUUAUUGCGCCCCUGAUGUCCCGACCAAGCCAUCCGAAAUGGAUGAAAGGUGCGCGCUGAUUGGUCAGAAAACCUCGAAUGAUACGCUCGAAGUUCGCGCUGUGGAAGGAGGGUGACUAAACAGAGGGAACGAGCUGUUGGCUUUUAUGGUCUUUCUUAUUAAAAGUCGGUCUUUGCGAGGGGAGAAAAUAACGUGAGCAGGUCUGUGGACGUGACUGAAGUCCGGGAAAAAAAAGCAACAGGAGUCGGGAUUGUCGCUCAGCUGCAGGCUCCCGGAUCCAGAGACAGCAGCAGCAGCAGAGAGGAGUAUGGGAGUUGGAGGCCAGCAGACUGAGGCUGCAGGGGUUUUCUCCUGGGAGGAGGUCCAGAAGCACCGCAGCAGAAAUGACCGGUGGUUGGUCAUCAGUCGAAAGGUUUACAACAUCACCCAGUGGGCCAAAAGGCACCCGGGAGGAUCUCAUGUCAUCAGCCACUAUGCCGGAGAGGAUGCUACAGAGGCUUUCACAGCUUUCCAUCCUGAUCAAACGUUUGUGCAGAAGUUUCUAAAGCCUCUACUGAUUGGAGAGCUGGCAGCGACAGAGCCAAGCCAGGACGGAAACAAAAAUACAACCAUCAUAAAGGAUUUUGAGUCUUUACGUGCCCAGGUGGAGAAGGAAGGACUUUUUAAAGCCAAACCUUUAUUCUUCUGCCUCCAUCUUGGUCACAUCCUGCUGCUGGAGGCUCUGGCCUGGAUGAUGGUCUGGUACUGGGGGACGAGCUGGACUCUGACCUUACUGUGCGCUGUCAUGUUGGCAACAUCUCAAGCGCAGGCGGGAUGGCUGCAGCAUGACUUCGGUCACCUCUCUGUCUUCAAGAAGUCCAAGUGGAAUCACCUGGUCCACAAGUUUGUUAUUGGACAUUUAAAGGGAGCUGCAGCCAGCUGGUGGAAUCACCUUCAUUACAAUCAUCAUGCCAAACCAAAUGUCCUGAGCAAAGACCCUGACGUCAACAUGUCGGGCAUCUUUGUUCUUGGAUCUGUUCAGCCUGUGGAGUACGGCAUGAAGAAGAUCAAACACAUGCCCUACCAUCACCAGCACCAGUACUUCUUUUUAUUGGGGCCGCCUCUUCUCGUCCCAGUCGUCUUCAACCUGCAAAAUCUAAACGUCAUGAUUUCUCGCCGAAACUGGGUGGAUCUGGCUUGGUAUUUGUCCUUUUAUAUUCGAUAUUUCUCCUGUUAUGUGCCCCUAUAUGGCGUUUUCGGCGCUGUGGCUCUUAACCUCUUUGUUAGGUUUUUGGAGAGUCACUGGUUUGUCUGGGUGACUCAGAUGAACCAUCUUCCAAUGAAUAUAGAUUAUGAAAAGAACAGAGACUGGCUUACUAUGCAGCUACAAGCCACAUGUAAUAUAGAGAAGUCCUUCUUCAACGACUGGUUCAGCGGACACCUCAACUUUCAGAUCGAACACCAUCUGUUUCCGAGAAUGCCGAGGCACAACUACCACCUGGUUGCUGCGAGGGUCCGUGCGCUGUGUGAGAAGCAUGGGGUCUCUUACCAGAUGAAAACGCUAUGGCGAGGCAUGACUGACGUCGUCAGUUCACUGAAAACUUCAGGUGAUCUCUGGCUUGAUGCCUAUCUUCAUAAAUGAAGAGCUGCAUAUAAAUCAAGUGAUCUGCUUUUGCAUCAAAAACAUGUUGAGUGUUGAGAAUGAAAAGAAAAACAACAGAAAAUGUGACUUUUUUUCACCAUUUUUGAAGAUGGUGUUGUUAAUGGACUGAAAAACUAUUUAAAGCUUAUAGGAUUUUAAAUGUAAAGCUUAUAGGAUCAUCUUAAAAUAUCUUUAAAAUUGAA